AUGCAUUCCCUCGAUUUUCGAGUUCAUAUCACUCAUCGGAAUCACCAUCCGCCCACCUUCUCCAAACCGGACUAUCAUUUCUUCGUGCCGGUGACAUUGACUGUGGGAGCGCAAGUCGGUAAGAUGGAGGUUCACGACAAUGAUCCUGUCAUAUACAAUUCGGAGCGCAGUCUGAGUUUCACUCAUGAGCAGCCUUUGUUCUCGGUGCAGUCUGACGGCACCCUAAUCCUCAAAGAAGAACUCACCACCCAAAUAGCUUUCAAGCCUAUCCGAAUGGAGGUUCUCGCGAUAGAUUACGGUAGCCCGCAGCUGUUCACCCUCGCUAAUGUGACCAUUGUUCCAGUGACCGUAUCACCGGUGCGAGGAUUGCGAGUUAACGUAGCCACAGAAGGGUAUCAAAUCUUCGAAUGGGAAUCGCCUUCGUAUGGCCAUCCGGAGAAGUAUCGGCUGACCAUAGCCAGAGGAGAGAGUAUGCAUUAUGAAGAAGAGCUGGACGCUAGACGAACAGUAGCUCUUACCAAGGUAGCAAUUUCUCCGUCUGGUAACUUCACCUUCAAAGUGUCUGCAUUGGAUGCCAACGGUGAAACGCCCAGCGAAUGGCAGAGAUUCACCGUUUUCCAGAACGAUUUGUCCUGUGAUGGAGAAUGUUCCUCUGGAGGUGUUCCGCUCUGCUACUACGGCGCAUUUAAUCGUCUCGAGCAGUUUGUAGACAGUCGUGGCGCUCACUGUCAAUGCUUUCAUGGGUUCAUCGGUGUUGGAUGCGAUAAGACUGACAACUGCCAACCUGAGAAGACGGUGGACAGCUAUGGCGGACUGGACUGGCGAGAAGCAUCUGCUAACGCUACUGUUCAAGUUUCAUGUCCAUAUAACACCGAAAGCGACAAGCAGAAAGUGGAGCGAGCUUGCGAAUGGAAUAAACAACUAGGUAGAGCUGUAUGGGCUCGCCAGAAAGAGAAGGACAAAUGCAAACCUCAGGCAUCUGUUCUCACUCAUCUCGGAAUGCUUGGCACAUUUGCUCUUAACGCGAAUGGGGUUUCGACUAUACAUACUGUAGCCAGAUUCAUUCGUGAUCUGCUUACUGUACCAGCAUUUUCGACGGAUCCCACCAUCGCCGCUCACUUCGAUCAGAAAAUCGCCGAACAAGCAGCUCUCGUCAUUGAUUCUGUUCUCCAGAUUGAUUUUGACUCACUGCAAGGGAACACUUCAUUGGCCAAGACUGAAAUGUGGUCGAUCCUGUCCGAAUUUUCUACGCGCCUGCCGUCGCCAUUCACCCUGGUUUCGCCAGAUCUUGGACUUCAUCUGAAGGCAAUGCAGUGGGUGAAGGGCAGCGAAAACUUCGACACUGUACUGGGUACUAAGUGUCGGGUGAAGCUGCCGGUGAUCGACACGGAUCAUGUUGUCAGGAGCAUAUGCAUGGCCAAUGCCUCCUUAUUCGACGUUAUUAAUUCACAAAAUCCGGUACUCUCUCUGAAAUUGGACUCGCUAGAGCACGUUUAUUUUACGAAAAUGACUAUUAUGCUCAAGCCGAAGGACUUUCGUCACAACUACACAUGCGUCUACUUCGAUUCAGCUGAAGGAGGCUGGUCGACUCGUGGAAUCCGCCGUAUCGACACCAACUAUCACGGAUUUGUGAAAUGUGAGGCCAAUCACAUGGGAGUGUUCUCAUUGCUGCCAGAAAGCUACUUUUUUGACGACGAUGAUGCCAUGCGAGACCUUGGCGUGCUAUUGCCGACGGUGACGACGUUCAUCUCAAUGAUCUGCUCCAUUUUCUUGUUAUUCAUGGCAGCGGUGCAGAAGAACCGCUCUGUCGAUCUGGCUUUGUUGGUCUAUCUAUUCUUUGUGUUUAUGAUUCUUGUGGUACAUCUCGUGAUGCUUGUCGCACCGCAGGUGGGCGAUCCGUUUGCCCUGUCGCCCUCACUACAUCUAAUCCUACAGUUCUCCAUUAUAUCUGUGACAGCAACACUGUAUUUGGUGUUAAGUUCGAUAAGGGCAGUGUUAAUGGCACAUGACAGAGCGAAGGAGGAAGGAGAGAAAUGCUGCACCCGUCCAUGUUCGGUAAUCGGACUCGGAAUAUUUCUUCCCGCUGUGCUGACAUUUACCACGUACUUCUUCUCCAACAACUACGAUAACAACCUUACCAGGGUGUUUGAGCGAAUUGACUGGCUGUUUCUUGCCAAUUACCUCUCACCUACUGUGCUCUUCUGUGCACUAUGUGUUUCAUACGCAAUAUGGAAUAUUUAUUUGGGCAGUUUGUGGAGAGCUCGUCAUCGUGGUUCAUCAGAGCGGUUCUUGUCACUUGCACCUGCAGUGCAGGCAUCUCUUGUUUCAAUUGUAACGCUCAUAUUUCUCGCUUCUUUCGUCGUUCUGUUCCUGUUUCGAGAGCGAUCGUCGGUUAUUGCCAUUCUAUAUUCCCUCACUCAAAUACUGUAUUGUUGUUGUGCAUUUCUAUUCGCUGGAUAUGUGUUCAGAAUGCGCUACCUAUUCGAACGAGAAGAGGACGGAUCGACGCAGUCGUUGGAGCGUAAGCGGGAUAUCUCUCGAGCGCUGCUCGACCAUGUCGAUGUGGCCAAGAGUACUACUGAUGAAAACCAGUCAAUCAAAUCCGACUCUGACACGUACCUACGAAUGCCACAGAAUCUCUAUGACCGAGCACCGAUGGUCAGCAUCGUCUGA